AUGUUGCAACUACCCACUGCGCAGAGACGCGUUGCAGAGGCACGUGUCAAAGGAGAAUCAUGGGCGAGUACUUUGUGGUACUGGAUGUGCUUUCUGAUUGUUGGUGUGGCUUUGCUCCGGUUGGCAAAGGCCAUCUUCCGAUGCGGCGCAGUUCCACGAGGUCCUGCGCUGCGCCAGACCUCAUGGCGGGACCUUUGUCUUCUGCGCACUGAGCGGCUCGGCAGGUGGCCAUGCUUGCAGAAUGACUUUGAACGCUGCCGGUUGGAGUGGCUGGCGCGGAAUGACAUGGCGCCUCCCAGCCACAGAUCUUCGCAGCCGUUACCGUUGCCUGACCUGCUUCAAGAGCAAACCACGGCAACUAUGGAGGAAUUGGAGCCUCAGGGGGUCAUAGAUUUUGCUUGGCAGACAGUGAACUUUUUGAAUGCAGCGUUGUUCGAUGACUGCUUGCUGGUCGAUGACGUUCGCAUCAUACACGAUCCAGGUGAAAUGAAGGAAGCAGAGGCAUGGGUCCGAGUGAACUUUUCUCGGGAUUUUACCCUUGCAUGGCUGUGCGUUGAAUUGAAUUGGGCGUUGUGUAGGACCUGGUCUGCAUCAAGGAUGGCAUCGGUGCUUCUUCAUGAGCUUGUCCAUGUUUGGCAUGACUCAGGAUGGCGCAGGUUGGAUGAACUGACAUCUUCACACUCCCCUGAAUUCCUGAGGAAGUGCGCGGCAGUGAACGAUAUCUGUGAGAUCCAGGCAUGGACGUUCUUUCCCAACGUCUUCACUGAGUCGUGGGUGAUGUUAGUUGAAGAAAGCCUCAUGGAGCUUGACUUGGUUGCAAGAGCAGACCUUAAGAAGAAGUGGCGAGCCUUUCUGGAGAUUCAGGGUCACUUCGGAGGCAGCUUCAUCAGUGACCUACAAAGCCUGGGGGUGAGCUACGCGGAUGCCAGGGCAGCCAAGAGGCAGCUGAAUGCUGGGCACAUUUGGCAGGCCUUCAACUUAGGCUACACAGAGUUUCAGAAGUGGCGCCGUACUGCAGCGGAGGUGUUAAUGCAGAAGCUGGCCAACUCUGCUACAGCUCAGUUUGAAAUCAUCAUCAGAUCAGAUUAUGUGUUGGCCCCUGCAAGCAUGCUGGCAGAGCUUGCCCCGCAUGGAAUUGAUGCAAGCCUUUGUGACACCCUACUCUGCAGUCGAGCGAGUCGGGUCGCUGGAGACUUAGGGUGCGACAGUGGAUGUUCGACUGGUUUAUCUUCGGUGUUUUGUUGUAAUAAUGAUUCUGGUAACAUGGCAAUGGAGAAUUUCAAAAUCCACCAUAGAUUAAUUGUCCAAUGUCCAUGUAUGAUCAUGUAUGCCUUUGCUGCAGAAUGGUGA